CGGAUCCGGGGCUCGGCCGAGCUGAGGCGGAGGCGCCUGCCUGCGCGCCCCUUGGGGCCACCGCCGCACCCCGCUCGCCGGCGCCUGGCUCUCAUGAUGAUGAAGAAGAAGAAGUUUAAGUUUAAGGUGGACUUCGAGCUCGAGGAACUCUCCUCGGUGCCUUUCGUCAAUGGGGUCCUCUUCUGCAAGAUGCGGCUGCUGGACGGCGGCAGCUUCACGGCCGAGUCCUCCAGGGAAGUGGUACAAGCAAACUGUGUUCGCUGGCGAAAGAAAUUCUCAUUUAUGUGCAAAAUGAGUGCAAGUGCCACCACAGGCAUCCUAGAUCCUUGUGUCUACAGAGUGUCUGUGAGGAAGGAAUUAAAAGGUGGAAAAGCAUAUGCAAAGCUGGGCUUUGCAGAUCUAAACCUGGCAGAGUUUGCUGGAUCAGGAAAUACCACCCGUCGCUGUUUAUUGGAAGGCUAUGAUACCAAAAAUACAAGACAGGAUAACUCCAUUCUUAAAGUUUUAAUAAGUAUGCAGCUGAUGUCUGGUGAUCCAUGUUUUAAAACACCUCCAUCUACAUCAACAUCUAUACCAAUUGCUGGUGAGCCUGAGUUUCUGCAAGAAGAUAGGAAAGGUGGAGAGACCCUGAAAGUCCAUCUUGGAAUUGCAGAUCUUUCAGCAAAGAGUACCUCUGUUCCAGAUGAACUCGGUGCCUGUGGACAUUCUAGAACAUCAAGCUAUGCAAGCCAGCAGUCAAAAGUAUCAGGUUAUAGUUCAUGUCACUCCCGGUCAUCCAGUUUCUCUGAGCUGUGCCACAGAAGAAAUACCUCAGUAGGAAGUACAUCAACAGGAAUUGAAAGUAUUCUAGAACCAUGUGAUGAGAUUGAGCAAAAAGUAACUGAACCCCAUCUUGAGACAGCUGAUAAAGAAGAUGUGGCUGCAGAAAAAUUUUCGAGAUGCCCAAUGAAACAAGAUUCUGUGGAAUCUCAACUGAAGCGAGUUGAUGACACCAGAGUGGAUGCUGAUGAUAUUGUAGAGAAAAUACUCCAAAGCCAAGACUUCACGCUGGACUCCAGUGCAGAAGAAGAAGGACUGAGGUUGUUUGUGGGUCCCGGGGGAAGAACAACCUUUGGCAGUCAUCAUCUUCCAAAUAGGGUAGGAUCUGGUGCGUAUGAACAAGUCGUGAUCAAACGCUAGAAGCCACCCUGAUCAACAGAAGCUUCCCACUUGUCCACUGCAUGUGGACAGUUGCUGUGUCCAGGCAUUUUCUUCAAGCACUUCAGAGAAAAUGAAGCUGUGUCCAUGAAGCCAAGGCCGAUUUCUCCUUCCACGGCACCCACCAGCCAUGCUCCCCCUCCCACGGGAAGGGAGCAUGGGAUGUGAGGCUCCAGGCAAGGUGCGCAGGCGCACCAGGUUCCUGUGGUCCCACAUGUGCUGCCUGGAAGCCUUUUUCUUCGAGCUCUACCCAGUGAGGAAUUCAGCACUUGUCUAUGACAGAGGUGCUCAACACAUGUGGGCUCCAUGUUUUUAUUUCAGUUUGACAUUUGAGGGGCAAUAGAAAUUGUAAUUUGAACCCAAUGAAUUUUUGUCGAGAUAGUUGUAUUCUCCUGUUAAGGAAAUCCUCUGUAUUAUACUACCUACAGUAAUGUACUAAGUUUAUUUUAACUCAUUUUGAUGCAAAAAUUGAUAAAUAUGUCAGUGUUCAUAUUUUGGGGAAGUGUUAUACUAAAGUCUAAACAUGCAAAAUGCUUAAUAAUCAUUCUAAAUAUAGCUGUCAUAAAUCAAAAUGACAGUUUAAGUUGGAGACAAGCUAAUGAGUGUAAAGCAAUUACUAUGCAGUGUAUGCUGUUGCUUCUUGUUAACGUUAGGCGAGCUGCAGAUCCCCCCAACAGCACGGCUUUUGUAAGAGAGUCGAAACAAGUUUACUAGUCAAUGUUAAGCUACCAUAAGGCAUUCAAACAGAAGAGCUAUUUUAAAUAACUGAACAUUAAGAUCUGCAGGCUUCAAACAUCAGAAUUCUGAAUAAGAGGGAAAUUGUGAUAUGAUCUAAAACUGAGCAGCUUUCUUUAAAUUCAGCCCUUUCUGAAAAAUGAAAAUUAUUUUGACACAGGAGGGGGACAAGACAGGCCACAGCUGCUUGGCACUGCUGGCACAGGGCAGAAGUGACCACUUAAGUUCCAUGUGAUUAGAUAUCACUUGCAUGUUUCUUACUGCAUAGUAUAACUGAUACUGCUUUUUGAGGAAAGAACAAAAUACAACAGAGCUUCUAAAAUCAACAUGUGGUUCAGAUUCAGUUUAAUUGGACAGCAGAUAGGCCUUAGGAGAUUUUCUGAUCUUAUAACAGUUUCCAUGUGGAAAGACCUAACAUUUCCUUAGAAAUCAGUCAUCAGAGAAACGUAGAGGCUGUAAAACUAAUAAUUCACAGUCUUCACUUCCAAAAUCAAGCCCAGGAACAAUAUUAAUUCAGAGUGGGAUUCCUUUGGUCAAGGUAUUUUCAUGUUGGCAAGAUAAGAAAAAAUUAUAUUAUUUUUAAUAUUCAAAUAUAUAGAGGUUUAGAAUUUUUUGAAUAGUUCAUGUUAGGACUUUUUUUUUUAACUAUUUCAAGGAUUGAAUAUUCCACAUUGACCAAAUACUAUUUUUACAAGUAGAUUCUGAAGUUUCUGAAAAGAUGAUACACCCUGUUUUGAAAUAUUUUGAAUGUUAAAAGAAAGUCUGGGUUGUUAUACUAAUUAUUUUUAAAACUUAUUUUGAAGAAAAACAUUGACCUGAACAUUUUAGUCUAACCAAGGAAAAAUGGCAAAGACUUGCUGUUUUCAAAUUAAUUUCAUUAUAUAUUAUGCAUUUAUUAUAUAUUAUGGAAAGUCAAAGAAAGUUUUAAUAGAGAAAUGCAGAUAGUGUUUAAAGGAAAUAUUUAUUAUUGACUUUUUAAAGGCAUAUAUUUUUCUAUUUUCAAAAUUUUAGUUUCUAGGCUCUAUUUUUAUUGGCACUUCUACAAAUGCCCUUAUUGUUUUAAAAAUGAUAAAACUCAAUUAUAAAUGGGGCUCACUGGGGGCGUUUGUCUGAAAUAGAAAAGGUGCUGUGGUCAGACAGGACAUUUGUCUGCUCGUCUACUCAUCCUUGGCUAACCUUGGCCUGGUGGGAGACAGACUGUCAUUGUUCAGAAUGGUACAGAAUUCUGCAAAUGUGUAGAGACUCUGAAAAGCAUAAACAUCACGACUCUACCAAUUUAGCAGCUACUAGCUAAACUGACUUAUGUUGUGGUAAAUAUGAAAAUAUAGAUUAGGGGGAAAAUAAUUAGUGGCAGCUGGGAUUCACCCUGUCCCAUCUCCAUCAACCUAUUUGGCCCUCAGAUUUCAGCACAACCACUUCAGUGUGUGUGCUGACAGCUGCCCACAGGUCUGCCUUAUUCUCUGCUUUUUCUCUUCAUAGAGCCUACACUGUUAGUAUUUUAACCACAUAGCUAUUGAAGAAACUAUCAGAUACCAAGCCCACUUCGUUUCUGUUUUGAGUUUAUAAAAUUGGAUUGAAAAAGGAGAUUCUUAAUCAUUUGCCUUUCAAACUCAGGUUUACAAUCACCUAGCCUAGGAGAAUUUGCAGAUGUGCAGAUCUUUUGCUAGUUCUGUCUUAGAGAAAAAGGCUCAUUGUAUUGCAGAGCUUUAUAUCUGAUGAGAAAAACUGAGUCUUAAAUAUCUUGCUGGGGAGGAGGCACAGGCCAGCAGAGAGACCUGCUCCCUGGGACUUCAGCUGGCAGCUGAGACCAGGUGGGAUGUGAAGGGGACAUGCAUGGCACAGAAGGUCCCAGACCAAGAGUUUACAUCUUAAUGACUGAUUCCUCUUGGUGAGAUUUUUUUUUUAAGUUUUCUGUAUACCAAUGAAUAUUUAUGCUUAUGAUUAGGAAAGUCUUGACCAAGAAUCCCAAACUCACCAUUCUGUUCCUGGACUAAAACUGUCAGAACAGGGGCAGGCGUAACAGUGCAGUGGACCAGGCCACUGUUUAGGGUGUUUCAUCCAGUAUUGGAAUGCCAGUUCGGGUCCUUUCACUGUGCUUCCCAUCCUGCUUCCUGCUGAAGGGGCCUGGGAGGGCAGCAGGUACUUGGUAUCCUGCUGCCCACGUGGGAGACACAGGUAGAUCUCUGGGCUCCUGGUUUCAGCCCUGCCCAGCCUUGGCUAUUGUAGGCUUUUGUGGAGUGAACCAGCAGAUGGAAGAGCUCAUUUCCUUUCAUAUAAAAAAAUAUUUUAAAAAAUCAGAAUAAUAUCCAAACCAGAACCUUCUGUAUUUGCCUUGUUAUACAAAGCUGUGGGCCACAGAGGUGAACCACUUGUGGCCCAUUCGUUCCUGGAAAGAAAAGAUCUCUGACCACCAAACAUUCAGAUUCUAGAGCAGUAAGUUUUAAUAAAGCAUGCAGAAGUAAUUUUAGGUUUUCUAAUUUCCUGCUGACUAAACCACACUGCGGAAGCUCAAGCUGACAGCAUUAUUAAUUAUCUUAUUGAAACACUCCAAAGUGUCAAGCUUCCUACUUUGUGUCACACUGCUCCAAGUGACAGACAGGGCUCUUAGGUAUGGCAAGUUGUAUUUUGUUUUCUUAUCAUUCUUAACCUUGAGCAGCUCAGGAAUUGUGCCUGCUCAGUUCUCUUGUUCUGAUGGUACAGCCUGUGAAUAUAACCAAGUAGUAAAGACGGAAUCGUGUUAUGCCACUACUCAUGUGUUGGCUUAGGUACUAUGCAUCAUGUUCAUAGCUGAGAUGCUCAAGAACAUGAAGUCUACAAUAUACAGGAUCGAAUAUACCUAUUAACUCAGUCUAAGACUGCUCUGGAAAGCAACAGCCUUAUUCCCUUGUGUAUGUGAUUCUCAUAAUGAUGUGUAAACACUAUAUUCUAGUUGGUUCCAGGGAUGGUCUGUGUAGUUACUCCCCCUUACACCAAGCUGACAAACUUUAGUUUACAUCACAUAUUCCCAUUUUCAGAUGUUCAUGUUUACCUUAUGUACAUAUAACAAAGCUUUCUCCUGACCAAAAGCCACCUGGAAAAGAUAUUUAGGGUAUUUACAAUUGAUUUUUUUAAACACCUCUUAUUGUAAGGAUCACCUUCCUCUUGUAUGUCUAUUUGAUCCUUUGGAAGUUGAUUCAAUGUGUAGUUAAUUAUGCAGAUGUUUAUGUAAGAUUUUAUUGAAGUGAUUCCAUGAGUAUUGUUAAUACUUGGAGAAUGACCUUCAUAUUUAUGUAUUUCUGUUUCAAAUGUACAAUAAUAAAUCCUGGAAUUUUUUUUACAAAAAAAUUUUAAUUUGUAAAGUGUUUGUAAUAAAGAUAAAUUUACAUAUGUUCAAUAAAAAACAUGUUAAAA